AGGAUGCUGUAUUUCUGGAUGAUGAGAGGGAGAGGGAAGAAUAUGUCCUGAAUGAUGUUGGUGUGAUUUUCCAUGGACAUGUCAACGAUAUAAAAUUAAGAAGCUGGAGUUAUGGUCAGUUUGAAGAAAACAUUCUGGAUGCUUGCCUGUUCUUAAUGGACAAAGCAGAACUGGAGCUCUCUGGGCGUGGAAAUCCAAUCAAAAUUUGCCGUGUUGCCUCUGCAGUGAUCAAUUCCAGGGAUAAUAAUGGCGUGAUUGCUGGAUCCUGGGACAACAGCUACGCUUACGGGGUUGCACCUUCAGUGUGGACGGGAAGUGUGGACAUUCUCUUGGAAUAUUACAGUUCUAGACAACCAGUGAGAUAUGGUCAGUGCUGGGUUUUUGCUGGUGUCUUCAACACAUUUCUGAGGUGCUUGGGAAUACCUGCAAGAGUUAUUACAAACUAUUCUUCUGCCCAUGAUAACAAUGCCAAUUUGCAGUUAGACUUCUAUCUGGAUGAAGAAGGGAAAGUGGACACCAAAACUACAAAAGACUCCAUCUGGAACUAUCAUUGUUGGAAUGAAGCUUGGAUGUCCAGACCUGAUCUUCCUGUUGGUUUCGGAGGAUGGCAGGUUGUUGAUGGGACACCCCAGGAAACUAGUGAUGGUAUGUACAGAUGUGGCCCAACUUCAGUUCAAGCUGUUAAACAUGGUCAUGUUUGCUUCCAGUUUGAUGCUCCUUUUGUCUUUGCUGAGGUGAACAGUGAUAUUGUUUACUCAAGAAGAGAAAAAAAUGGAGCCCAAGUGAUUGAAAAAAUUGACAUGACCCAUGUUGGGCAGUUGAUUGUGACCAAGGAAAUUGGGAGUGAUGGAAUGAUGGACAUCACUGAGGAGUACAAGUUCCAAGAAGGCUCAGAUGAGGAGAGACUGGCUCUUGAGACUGCUGUGAUGUAUGGUGUUAAAAAGCAAGUUACCCAAGAUACUGUGUAUCAUCCACAGACGGAUGUUGACAUGGGCUUCCAAGUACAAAAGGCAAUCCUUGGUAGUGACUUUAAAGUCACUAUAACUUUCAAGAACAAAAGCCAGAACUUCUACAGUGCUACUGCAUACUUUUCAGGAAAUAUAGUGUUUUAUACAGGAGUCACGAAGAGUGAAUUCAAGAAUCGCACUUUCAAUGUGACACUGGAACCCUCCGCAUCUAGUACUUAUGAUGUUCUGAUCAAAUCAAGUGAGUACCUGGGUGAACUGCUGGACCAAGCCUCCUUUCAUUUCUUUGUCACGGCGCGGAUCAACGAAACUGGAAAGAUUCUGGCUGUGCAGAAAGCUACAGUACUAGAAAUUCCCAUGCUGCAUAUCAAGACUCAAGGCGAGACGGUAGCUGGUAGGGAAAUGUUUGUGAUUGUGGAAUUCACCAAUCCUCUGACUCAAACCCUGGAGAAUGUCACGCUCCGCCUUGAGGGACCCGGCGUGCUGAGAACGAUGAAAAAGGAUUUCAGGCAAAUCCCAGCAAAUUCUACUCUGACCUGGGAAGUAAAAUGCACCCCAAAACGGCCAGGGUUACGGAAGUUGAUUGCAAGCCUGAAUUGUGAUGCUUUGAGGCAUGUGUAUGGUGAGCUAAAUGUCCAGAUUCAGAAACUAUGAACAAAGAGCUGAAUUCGUUCUUUAAUUAGCUGUGUUUCA